GGCGUGCAUAUGCCUUUUCAGCUUCUGGCAUGCAUCCACCGCUGUUCACUUUUUGCAUGUGUUUCUGUCUUAGCAGUCAGCAUCUUAUUGCUCUUGGAAAGCAAAAAAUGGUCUGACAGUAAGCUAAUGAACACGAGAUCUCUUAGGGGUAAGAUUUGAAGCGGAAAGUAAAGGGAUGUGGGCAGGUGAUAUACCUGAGAAUAUUCCGUUAUCGCCCAGCGGCCGUCCGAACUGAUAUAACGUCAAGGCGCCGCAAUCUCACUUCAAAUGUUUCUGCAUGGGAAAUAAUCCUUGGAAACCCAGAUCACAUUCGUUCUUUGUUUACACAGUCUCUCGUUAUACGCCACUUCAUUGCCUUGCUUUCUUGUUUAUCCGCCAUGUCACUCUUGCGUUUUGCUGCACUCGGUGCAGCGUUCCUUCACUUGUCCUCCUCCGCGAGUGUCAUCGUCCGCAGGGAUCUGACACCGCCUGAAACCCCCAGAGACGGCUGGACGUACCUGGGAUGCUAUGUUGACAGCGUCUCGAAGCGUGCGCUCGAUGGGCCUGUGCACUAUGACACUGAGGGUCUGACCGCUGAGACGUGCGUGGCCCAUUGUGUUGGCCUGGGCUACGCGUUCGCUGGCAUGGAGUAUGCCCAGGAGUGCUUCUGUGGUAGCAAGAGACCUACCACCAAGGCUCCCGAGGCCGAUUGUAGCAUGGCCUGCACUGGUGAUGCCGAUCAGCCUUGUGGAGCUGGUGACAGACUCACUGUCUUUGGCAAGUCUUCUGCCGGAGGUACUGCUGUGCCCUCUGGUGAGCCAUCCGAGACUGCUUCUGCCACUGGCUCUGCGACCGCUACUACCGGCCCCGUCGCCACUGAUCUUCCUGACGACUGGUCCUAUGCCGGUUGUUACAUUGACCCUCCCGGCCGUGCUCUUUCCCCAUUCGGCACUUCAUCCUCCCAGACACCUCAGAAAUGCAUCGCCACCUGCAUUGAGAACGGCUUCAAGAUCGCUGGUCUGGAGUACGCUGAGGAGUGUUACUGCGGUAACGCCCUCAACAAUGCUGCGUCCAAGACCAAGGAAUCGGACUGCAACAUGGCCUGCAAGGGCGAUGACAGCCAGAUGUGCGGUGCUGGCAAUCGUCUAUCGCUCUACUCCAGCGGUGACUUUGAAGUGUACCCCAUUCCCGUCGCUCAAGAAGAUGACCUCCCUGGCGAUUGGGAGUAUAAGGGCUGUGUCUUUGACAACAACAACCCGUAUGUGCUCGAGUGGCUGUACGAAGACUCCGGCAGCUACGCCACCAGCAACAUGACCGUCCCAACCUGUCUCAAGCGCUGCCAGAAGUUCGGCUACUCCGCUGGUGGUGUUGAGUACGGUCGCCAGUGCGUCUGUGGCGACCUGAAGGCAGUUGAGGCUAAAGGCGAUAUCUGGAAGGACGACAGCUUCUGCAGCAUGGCCUGUCCCGGCAAUCGCAACUACACGUGCGGCGCGGGCAAUCACAUCAGCUAUUACGAGUGGACCGGCACGUCGCUCAACACGUUCCACUACGCUUCUGGACUUGCUGCGGGGAGGUAUGAUCACUUCUCCACUUCCCCCAUCAUCCCGCUCAUCAGCUCUGUCGGCAUCAACGACAAGGUUGUCUUUGUGGAGAAGCACGGUACGUCUGAUGAUGAUACUGAGGGCUCGUUCGAGUUUGACUACUCUACCAACACCUACCGUGAACUUGCCCUCAAGACUGAUGUCUUCUGCUCUGCUUCCUUCACUCUUCCUGAUAAGGCUGGCCGUAUCAUCAACAUCGGUGGAUGGUCCGCUGAGUCGGUCUACGGUAUUCGCUUCUUCACUCCUGACUCGCCUCAGGGAGUUGACAAUGGCACCAAUGUCUGGGAAGAAGACUACACGCAGCUGCGUCUCUUUGAUCCCCGCUGGUACCCCACUGCCAUUGUUCUUUCCAACGGUUCCAUUCUUGCUAUGGGUGGAGAGUCUGGUUCUGAUGCUCCCAUCGUUCCCUCCGCUGAGGUUCUGCCCCAUCCUGCUGGUGUAACCAAGUCGACUUACCUUGACUACCUUGAGCGUGCUGAGAACAUUGGUCGAACCAACUCGUACCCUCAUAUGGCCAUCUUGCCUUCUGGUGGUAUCUUCUUUACUCAGUUCAAUGAGUCUCGUAUCCUUUCACAGGUUGACUUUCAGUCUAUCAAGAAGCUGCCUGAUAUGCCUGGUCAGGUUGAUAACCCCUUGACUGGUCGUAACUAUCCUCUUCAGGGUACUAUGAUGGUUCUGCCUCAGAAGGCUCCUUAUACCGACCCUGUUGAGGUUCUCAUCUGCGGUGGUACUACUCAUGAGCCCGGCAAUGAGGCUCUUGACAACUGUGUCCUUAUGGCUCCUGAUACCCCUGAUGCUGACUGGGUCAUCGAGCGCAUGCCCUCCAAGCGUGUCAUGCCCAACAUGGUCGCCCUCCCUGACGGUCGCUACCUCAUCCUUGGCGGCGCACAAGUCGGUCGUGGUGGUUUCGGUCUCGCUGACAAUUCGAACCUCAACGCGGUCAUGUACAACCCCGAGGAGCCUCUCGGUCAGCGCAUGACCGUCCUUGCCAACACCACCAUCGCCCGCAUGUACCAUUCCGAAGCUGUACUCCUCAGUGACGGAAAGAUUCUCGUCUCUGGUUCUGACCCUCAGGAUCAGGGCAAGCAUCCUCAGGAGAAGCGUAUCGAGUACUUCUGGCCCGAUUAUCUGCUUUCUGGUGCUGCUCAGCCCAACUUCACCCUCACAGACCGUGAUUGGGUCUAUGGUGAGAGCUACACUUUCACUCUCACCUCCGAUCUGGAGGAGGGUGCUGCCAACAUGCGUGUCUCUCUCAUGGCCUCUGUUGGUGCUACUCACGGUGUCAGCAUGGGUCAGCGCACUCUGUUCCCUGAUGUCUCUUGCAGUGGCAAGACAUGCACCGUGACAGCUCCUCCUGAUGCCUUCAUCAGCCCUCCUUCUUGGUACCAGAUGUUUGUGCUCGAUGGACCUACUCCCUCGCACGCCAUUUGGGUCCGAAUUGGCGGUGAUCCCGGCGAGCUUGGUAACUGGCCCAAGCUUCCUGGCUUCACUCCCCCAGGUGUUUAGUUCGGUGCUUUAAAUGGUAUAUAAUCAGAAGCACUUGCUUCUAUGAGAGUAUGAUCAAUCAUGGAGUGUACGAUGAUAAUCAUCAAGCGCGCGAUUUCCUUGCAUUAUUUCUUAAUUAUUCUUCUCAUCUCGGGUCAAUGUACCCAUGACUUGAGCUAAUAUGGCUGGAUUAUGCACGCGUAUAACAGCGUUGCGCAGGACUGUUUCAUUAUGUAUUAUGUACCUGUACAUAUUUUAUCUGAUUCUCAUACCGUAUUUUGACGCGUGCUCAUCAUUAAAUGUGUUCAGAAGGAGCGAAAUUAUUGGCACUCUCGGCAAGAUACCCGAAGCUCAAGUUAACUGCAACAGAUGCGUAAAACUGCAUCUCGAAGAAGCAGCUAAAUGUCGCCAGCGAUAGAAGUAAACGUGACUAAUGUGAAUGGUGAAUGUCUUGUAUAUGGAUAUUGUGAAUGAGGAGGUUGGGAUACGUGAUCGCGUGCGGACCGCGUUGGUGCACAGACGCGAAAACACCACGUUUAUGUCACGACCAUGAUCCCCUGUUUCUAUAGGGUAACUUCACCAGACAUUUCACAAUGACAUGAAUCAUCACAGCAGCUCGACAA